GGAAAACCAACCUCUAUAUAAUCUUCUCUUCACCUUCCACAUUCCCCACACCGGGUUCUCUUUUCUUCUACGAGGUACAUCAAACCUCGUAGAAUCAAGAAACCCAUCCCUUUCUCUAUUUUCUGUAUUAGCCACAUUUAUUAUAUUUCUCUUUCACAUAGUUAUAGCUAUAUCCAUUAAUAUUAUUAUAUAUAGUUUGAGAAAUGGAGGUACAUUCUUCUCCUUUAGUGGCCAAGAGACUAUGGAACGUGGUGAGGGUAACAUUCUUCAUGAUAAGGAAGGGUCUUGUAUCAAAGAGAAAGAUGAUCAUGGACAUGAAUUUGAUGAUGAAGAAAGGGAAGGUGGUGAGAAAAUCUCUGAGCAAUCUCAUGUCAUCAUCAUCGCAUGAUCAUCAUCACCACCACAACUACAAGAACCCAAAGAACGUGACACGUGGCGGGUUCGGGGUGCACUAUGAAUUCUCGUGCAGCAAUAGUCCAAACCCUGUUUUCUCCCACGUGCCAAAGCGCAAGCACCAUUUCAACUUCCCCUGCAUCAAUGCCCCUGAGGUUGUUGAAGAGGAGGAACCAGAUUUUUCAUUCGAAGUUGAAAGUGAUGUUCCUAAGGGUGUGGUCACGGUGCCCAAGACCCCAGAAUACACGUUCAAUUUUUUUGGUCAAAAGAGUCCUCUUCUCUCACCCUUCUCUGUGAGGGUGUCGAAUUACUCUGCAUUGGAUGAGAAUGAAGAGGUUGGAAAUGAUCUUGUUGAUGAUCAAGCAGAGGAUUUCAUCAGAAGGUUCUAUGAACAGCUUAGGACGCAAAGCCCCGUGCAAUUCCUACGUUACCAAGACAUGUAAAGACCAAACCAAGCACGUAGUUAAUAAUUGUCUUGUUACAAAUGCUCUACCAUUGAAUGCUGAUCAAUUACAACUCUUAGGGCAUUGCUUAGAAUCUUGCUAUCUCCUCAAAUUUUGCAUUUCCUUGUCUGUGUAAAUUGUUGUUCUGUUUAUGAUCCAUGAUCGUUUUUGGUCAUUGAAUAUUGUUUUUGCUUCUGUAAUUGAGUUGCUUUACUACUUACUGCUUUCUCGUUUCAUAUUAUUUUACUUUCACUUAAGAAAUUAUAAAAAUAUGAAUUAUAUUUUAAUAAAGGCGUUUUUGUUGUA